CUGUAAACGUAGGCAGGCGGAACCGUUUCUAACGAGAUUUUCCCUUCAUACCUAAAUAAGUUCGAAGCUGUAACCGCAAUGAAACGUUAUAUUUGUACAUAAAUCUUUAGUUCUUUAUUAAAUUUUAAGUAGUUCUAAAUAAUGUAAUGAUUUUGAUGCUAUAAGACGUAACUUAAAAUUGUUUUCUAUCAGUUUAUGUUUAUUUUGCAUUUACUUCAAAUCGAUAGCUUCCCAUGCUUUAUAUUGUUGACAAUUUACUAUGUUUGCUUUGUCUGCAAUUAGGUGAUAUAUUUAGCUCAUAAAGCAAAUAACCAAACGCAUAUUUCAAGAGAAAAUUUUUUAGCAUGAUUCACCAAAGAAAAUUUCCAUUUGCAUUUUCAUGCCUGUUUUUUGUGAUCUUUCAGUUUUACAGCUGUGAAGGAGCGUCUAUUUGCAUAGAUUUGCCUUCAAUAAAUCAUGGUCGAUUAUUGUUAGAAGAUUUUACCGAUUCAACUUUUACACUUGGUGAAUCUAUACAAUAUGAAUGUGAUAUUGGAUUUGAACCUGUCAGAAGCAAUUCGAUGAUCACUUGUGUUGAAGAAAAUGGAGUUGCUAAUUGGACUGUAACUCAAAAUUUAUGCAAGGUUUCUCUUAUUAGCUGUAAUGAUCCUGGUUAUAUCGAAAAUUCUAAUAGACUUGGACACUUAUUUACAUUUCCUAAUAAUAUAACAUAUAUUUGCAAUGAAGGAUAUCGAAUGUUAGGAACUAAUGAAAAAACAAUGACAAAGCUUUGUGGACCAAAAGGACAGUGGAUUCCAAAUAAACCUGUCACUUGUGAGGCUAUAGUUUGUCCUAUAUUGUCUGAUUUGUUGAAUGGAAAAGUUAUUUCUACUCAGAGAAAGUUAAAUUCUGUAGCAACUUAUGAAUGUGACAGGCACUAUGUAUUAUCUGGAAGCAAUAAGCGAAUCUGCCAAGAAGAUGGGACAUGGACUGGAGAUGCUCCUAUAUGCAAAGAAAUUACAUGUUAUGGUCCUGGUGCAAUUCAGCAUGUUCGUGUUUUACCUCAAAAAUCUAUCUAUAAAGCAGGAGAUCUUGUUAUUUUCACGUGUAAAUAUGGCUCUCAUCAAAUAACAUCUAAGUGCUUAGAAACUGGAGAAUGGAGCACAAGACCUCCUGUGUGUCCUGGUCCUUCCACAACUUUUACUUCAUUAUUGACCAGUUCUCGUGAAUCAACUACAAUCAGUGAUAUUGAUGAUGAACGUAUGAAGGGUCCUCCCAAAACAGAUACUUCACUUCUGAUAACUACAUUAAAACCUGAUAUUGAUGAAGUUCUUGAAAAGAAAGGCCAUCCAUGUGAUGAUCCUGGUACAAUUAAAAAUGGGCAAAGAAAAUUUGUUGGAAAUGGUAUUAACGGAACUGUUACAUAUUUAUGUGAUGAUGGCUAUAGACUUAUAGGCAAAGGAACAUUACAAUGCAUGCCUAACGGCAAAUGGGAUUUGGAUAAAUUACCUAUAUGUGUAGCACCAUUAUCAGUUCCUCAUAUCAUAGGCAUUGUUUUUGGAGUUUUAUUGAUUGGAGCACUUGGAAUUCUCGGUUAUUUGUGGUAUCGAUGGAGAGAAAAGAAAAUUCGAGGUUAUGGUGAGAAAUGCAAAGCCUUAACAGCUGAUGCUACAGAUUUAGAAGAAAUUACAGGCUUAGAAAAAAACAAAAAACCUAUACCUGUAACUGUCUUGUAAAUUUUCUACUUAACUUCAUGAGCUUUUACCAUCAAGCAAUCUGCUUAAGAGCUUGAAAACAAACUAAGUACUUGAAAGACAGUUUCCUUCUGUAAACAUGUACUUCCAAAACUGUCAGUGAGAGAAGUAAAUUAUUUCUGUAACUCAUGUUGCAUAGAUAAAAUCAGCUGAAAAGUAAAGAAAAGGAAUUUUGAAGUUUUCUGAAUGGACAAAGAGAUAAACUCAGAAAUCUUCAAAGACAUAUUAAGCACAUUUCAUUUUACUUUGUGAUAACACAAAGCUAGUGCUCAUUUUCUAAUGUGUA